GUAUUAUGGGGGAACAGGGUGGUGGUUCCUGACAAACUCAGGACGAGAGUGUUAGAGUCGCUGCACGAGGGUCACCCCGGUAUGGUACACACCAAAGCGUUGGCCAGAGGGUAUGUCUGGUGGCCGGGGCUGGACAAAGAGAUCGAAGAAUGGGUACGAGGGUGUCCCAAAUGCCAGCAAGUCAGACCCGAUCCCCCACAAGCUACACCCCAAGGCUGGGAGUCAUCUGGUAAACCCUGGGCCAGAUUGCAUAUAGAUUUUGCUGGCCCUCUCCAAGGGCAAAUGUUCCUAAUUGUGGUGGACGCUAUGUCCAAAUGGCUGGAGGUCGUGCAUAUGAAAUCGACCACAUCACUUGCUGUGAUCCAUGCGCUCCGCCGACUUUUUGCCACCCACGGGUUGCCUGACGUCAUCGUCAGUGACAACGGGCCUCAAUUUGUGUCUGAGGAAUUUAGGCUCUUCCUCACGAGUAAUGGCAUACGCCAAAUGACUUCGGCCCCUUUCCAUCCGGCAUCUAAUGGCCAAGCCGAACGGAUGGUCAGGACGGCCAAAGAGGCCCUGGGUAAAAUGGACGAAGGGGACUGGAGCCAGAGGCUGGGCUCCUUUCUUUUGCUGCAGCACACCACCCCCUGUAGUGCUACAGGCCGUAGUCCGGCCGAAUUGUUAAUGGGGCGGAGACUCACGACCCGUUUGAACCGUAUGCACCCAGACCUAUCA